AUUCCUCGAGUUCCCGUUGGCUAAUAAAUAGAGGAACAGUUGUUCUUGUAACUCCAGAUCUACCUUGCGUCCAAACAAAGAAACACGAAGUAAAGAGGAAAAAGUUAGACUGAAGUCAUGGCACUCCACUGGUUGUUUGUUCUGUUAUUCUGUUUUGUGUGGAGAACUAACGGGUUGUACGUAUCGGAGGACGAGAAGCUUGUGAGAAAAAUUCGAUCUACUGACGACUACGACCAGUUGUACAAGGAACAUCUUGCGAAUCUUAAACCUGGUCAAGUAAUGCCGCAUCGGUGUGCGUAUACUAGGUAUGGCUGCUGUAAAGAUGGAAAAACACGAGCUUUUGGGCCAAACGGAAAGGGCUGUGAUAUGAUUCUUUGCACUGAUAAAUACGUUCAACAAUGUUAUGAUAAGAAAGAAAGCAAAAGGCUGGAGUGCACGAGACUCCGAGACAAAAAGAAUUGUCUCUUCAGCUGUGGGCUGUGCAAGCCACCAGCCGCACCUCUAAAGAGAUGUCUGAAGAAAAAACCAGUUGCUGGUUGCUGUUGGAAUGGAAAAAUCCCACUUAAACGCGAUAAAUCCGAUUGCCCUCCUUGUUUAGACGCUUACCCAAAGACAUGUGCAACCUUUUCAAAAGUAGCUGGGGGGUGCAAUGCCGGCUCGUUUGGUGUUCGCAAUUUCAUGAUCAAAUACUGUCCCUCUACUUGUGCAUUUUGCGAAGAAGCUUCCAUGACCUGAUUGUAUGGUGUGCUAAAGUGAAAUACACCAGUAAUCUCUGGGUUUCACAGUCUGUACAGUACUGGCCGCGUCGUAGUUCUGAGCAGUUCACUAGUGAGAUUCUUUCUGCAUGCAUCCAGAACAAGGAUGAGCAAAGACAUGUAAGAACUGGUUAAGUUUAUCGAACAAGAAAAAUAUAUGAUCAUAAUUAAGGYCAAAUUAAUAAAUAAUUUCUAUCCUGGGUACUUAAUUUAUUCCUAUGAAUAAUAUUUGUGGCCAAGACAACUGAGUCGCAUGAAACAUUAUAUUGUUUGUAUAUAAUCGUUCCUUAAAUUUCGGUAAUUUGCUAAGUAAUUGAAAAUAACAUGAAUAUGCAACAAGUGUGAGUACUAUACGUACUUCAUAAUGAAAUGUAAACUAAUCUCGCAAAAAAAGAUAAGAGAGAGAGAAAAAAAAAGCAGAAUAUGAUAAUCAAAAUAGACAAAUAAAUUGGGACAAAUAUACACCUGA